GGAGGCGGCUUCCGGGGAGGAGCCAGCCAAGAUGGCGGCGGAGGCGGUGGUGCGAAUCCAGAGCGACUGGGACCAGGUGUUGAGGAAGAACGAGGGGGAGGCAUGGCUGAGCUGCAGGAGUCCGGGAAAAUCUACUUUGUAUGGGACCCUGACCUGCCAGGGGGUGGGCAUGGAUGGAAUUCCCGAAAUCACAGCCUCUGAAGGAUUUAUAGUAAAAGAAAUAACGAAGAAAAGUCUGCUCGUUUCUUGCCCUCGCGAGAAUGCCUCCACCAGAUUUCUGGCACCAUACACAGCCUUUUGUAGAAUCCAUCAAAAAAGCGUGACUUGUCUGGACAUUUCCAGUGGUGGUGGUCUUGGCGUGUCAACCAGCGCAGAUGGGACUAUGAAAAUCUGGCAAGCUGCUAAUGGAGAAAUCCGAAGACGUUUGGAAGGACACGUGUAUGAUGUGAACUGCUGCAGGUUUUUCCCAUCAGGCAUCGUGGUCCUGAGUGGAGGAAUGGAUGCCCAGCUGAAGAUCUGGUCGGCAGAAGAUGCCAGUUGCGUCGUAACGUUUCAAGGUCACAAAGCAGGAAUCCUGGACACAGCCAUUGUGGAUCGAGGAAGGAACGUGGUCUCCAGCAGUCGGGACGGCACUGCCCGCCUUUGGGAUUGUGGGAGGUCUGCAUGCCUGGGGAUAGUGGCAGACUGCAGCUCCCCCAUCAACGGUAUCGCCGUGGGAGAAGCAGAUAACACCUUAAAUUUAGGAUCACCUGAAAAAAUACCCAGUGAGCGUGAAAUCGGAACGGAGGGGAAACUCUUGCUGUUGGCUCGGGAAGACAAGAAGUUUCAGGGGGUAGGGCUGCAAAGCCGGCAGCCGGUUUUCCUCUUUGUUGGCUCUGACGCGUUCAAUUGCUGUACAUUCCUCUCUAGCAUCUACCUCCUGGCAGGGGCACAGGAUGGGAACAUAUACCAGCUGGACGUCAGAAAUACCAAGGCUCCAGUUCGGAUAAUUCAAAGAUCUGGAGCACCAGUGCUUUCCCUGCUUCCGUACAAGGAUGGAUUUAUUGCCAGCCAAGGUGAUGGAACCUGUUUCGUUAUGCAGCAAGAUCUCGAUCACAUCGUUGAACUCACUGGCGCGGACUGUGACCCUGUGUACAAGGCAGCUACAUGGGAGAAGCAGAUCUAUACGUGUUGCAGAGAUGGGCUAGUGAGGAGGUAUCACCUUUCAGACCUCUGAUCCAGAAGGAGCCAUGAAUCCUGGACUACAAACACCAGACUUCAAAUGCCGGUCAUGUUUCAGAGUUUGCUUGAAAAACACAUUUUCGACAAGCCAUACCACAGCUGCGUUUCCUGGGGUUUGUUCAACAGUGUGAAUGAAACGUGUAUAUUCCAGCAGCCACGUUAAGAGAAGAAUCCUAGCUCAAGCCAUAGGCAAACUUCCUGGUAGAGGAUCUGAAAAGCAGAAAAGCUUCUGAAAGUUUACACCGUUUUGUUGUACUGUGUAGCUCAGCAAGCCUGCUGGCAUUUAAGGUCUUUUUUUGUACAAGCAAAAGUUUGUUUGCUGUGUGUUGUGUGACCUUGUCAGUUCUUAAAAGGGAGGCCUUAGGGGUGGAGAAUCGAGGCCAGCAGACUUCAAUAAAGGGAUGUUUUUAAUAA